AUGACGAGAUUGUCGUCGAUGGCGGCGUCGGUGAGGAGUUGGGAGUGUUGCGAAGCCAACGGGUUCGUGUUCAUGUGGUACCACGCAGAGAACGAUGUGCCAUCGUGGCGGCCGGCCAGAGACGUCGAGGCGGCAGGCCGUGGGUGGACGUACCGCGGCCGCAGCGAGCACUACGUGAACGCGCACAUCCAAGACAUCCCGGAAAAUGGAGCGGACGUGGCCCAUCUGCCGGCGCUGCACGGCCACAUGGCGCUCGGUGGCCAGUACGCUGCGCAGGCCGACCGGUCGCUGUGGAGGUGGAUAGGCGUCCACGAGUGGACGGCCGCGUGGCGGGCGGAUGGCUCCCGCGGCCGGCACGUGGCCACGCUCGAUCUGCAGCACGGGCUAGUGGUGUUCGGCAAGUUUAUCGUUUUCAAAAUGGAUGUGGAAGCGCAACAGAUUGGUCCUGGAUUAGUGAUUUUAAAUUUUAAAACCAGUUUUGGGCCCAUAAAAUUGGUACAAGUUGUCACAUUAGUCGAGCCAUUGAUUCAAACAAUUGUACAUUGUAUCUACUGUCCAGUGUAUUUGUCAUUGUAUGCUUCAAUAGUUUUAUUUAUGGAAGCUGCGAUGUUCGAGAGAGAUGUAGUCAUUUGGAACCACGAGAGUUACAUUGAAAAGCCUUUAGUUUCAGAACAAGAACCAACAUUCUUGGCACAUAGAAAAUGGUACAAACAAUUUUAUAGUGCCAAUAGUAUACAAUUUAGUAACAGAAAGGAAACAAUGGAUUGGUAA